AUGAGCAGUGAGCACAGUGAAAGUGAAUACUUUGAUUCGCUAUGUGAAUUAGACCAGCAUUUGCUAUCGAAUCACGAGUCGUUACAGAAUACCUUGGAUCAACUAAGCAGUCUGGUGGGAAAUUUGUCCAGCUCUGAUAAUGCUGGCACGGACGCCGAUGCUAUUGGUUUGCUGGAUGAACUCUCGACACAAUUCGAGGACUUAUUGUCCACUUCUGUUGAUCUGAAGUACAACAAGUAUCAUACGAGGGAGUGCCAAAUUUUGCAUGCCAAGAACUUACAGUCCAUAAAUUGGAACUUGUCGAGAUCACAGUUUGGUCCAAAUUUGAGGGAGUACGUCACCUAUAUUGAAACAAUUAAUAAAAACUCUUUGGAGUACUUGAAUCUUUUAGGGACAUACGCUGUGGAUCUCGCUCGCCAGAUUGAAAUAUCAGACCCGAGUGUGUCGCACUUUGACAUCGAUGACUGGAAACCUCCAAGAAAGCUGCUGGAAAUAUUAGACAAGUUCCAAUCUGAGGACUGUGAACCUAUAAAGAUUCGGGAUGAACUGCAAAGCUAUUUAGAUAACAUAAAACUAUCUAGGGCGAAAUUCACUCUGGAGAAUAAGCACAUCCUGCAAGAUAAAUUGGGCGUUCUGAGUAAAGAGGUUAGCUAUUGGAGGAAAGAAUGGGAUAACAUCGAGAACAUGAUGUUCGGUGAGGGUUCUGACUCCAUGAGAAGCAUGCUACAGACCGUAGAUUCUCUAAGAUCGAAAAUAAACGAUGAAAACACUGAUAUCGAAAUGAGCUAA